ACAACACGAAAGAUGCAAGAUUAGAUGACAUGAAAGACAUAGAAUUAGAAGACACGAGAGACACAAGGUUUAUUCUUUCAAUUGAUGGUGGAGGUUUUCGAGGUAUAAUCCCUGCCGUUAUUCUCAAUGAAAUUGAACAAAGAGUGACCAAAAAAAUAAAAGAAGAUCAUCCAGAAGUUGAUGUUGAUAUAAGAUGUGCUGAUUUAUUUGAAAUUAUAUCUGGUACUUCGACUGGCUCUAUACUUGCUUUAGGUUUAUCACUUCCUGAUAAAAAUAAGCGUCCUAAAUUUGAUGCUAAAUAUAUCGUGGAUUUUUAUAAAGAGCAUGGUUAUGAUGUCUUUCCUGAUUAUUCUGUUGUUAUGGCUGUCGAUAAAUUAUUACCGAAAGUACCGAACAUGAACCUUACUGGUGGUGCUAUGAUUAAAAAUUUAUUUGGUGCUAUGGCUCUUCCUUUGAGUUACAAUUCAUCUACUAAUGCUGAGAACAACAAAGAUAUAGCAGAAAAAGAUGAAUCUAUUGACGAACCAAAAAAAUCUUAUCUCAGCAGGUUUUGGUGGAGUAAAAGUACAAAUAAAAAAGAAAAAAAGAUUAGCGCUUCCAAGAAAAGAAAAAAUAGUGCUGUAGAAUUCAGAAAAAUAGUUAGAAUAGUUAGGGCUUCAACG